AUGUUCGUCUUUUCGCUUCUCUUGCACUUGGCGCUGGCCCAGUCGCUGAUAGGAGGACUCAGUGAAAUUGCUGGCUUUUUUACUGGCCGGGAUCCGGAGAGAACAAUGGUUAAUCAAGUGGGUCAUGCUGGAGCUGAGACCGUUCUGGACGCUGCAGGCGCAUUGCGCGAAAAUGUUCAGAAGCGAGCAUCCGUUAACUCUCGCAUUUUUCUGAAAAAUUUGGAGACUAUUGGCGGAGGAGCUUCAGCAUUGAAGAACGUGGCUGCGCAGACGUACGUUGGUGCCGGGAUACUGGGAGCAGGGCAAACGUUGAAGGACGUUGUCUUCCGUCAAGUCCCGGGCAUGCUGCGUGGUUCCGGUUUGGGUUCGGGCCUGGGUUUGGGAUCGGGCACUCUGCUUCAGGCGCUGCCCAUAUUGGGCGCCGUGGCCGGCGAAGGCAUGCCGCAAACCGGCUAG